AUGACGUGGGUGCUACCCUCUACACAAAGGAGGACCUAUUUAAUUAUCAGAUUAGUGAUUGAUUCGUACGAUGUUUGUUCUACAGAGGCUAAACCUUCCACCAUAGAACAGAGUCUCUACAGUAGCCUGUUAUCGAACUAUACCACAGAAAUUCUGCCCAGAUGCAAUCAUACCACCAAUAUCACUGUCAAUCUAGAUAUUGCCCUCCGAGAGAUUAUUGCCCUGAAUGAAAGAGAACAAACGUUGAAGUUAAAGAUGUGGAUACGCCAGAGCUGGAAAGACUGCGGUCUGGCCUGGACACCUGCCACAUACGGCGGACUCACUUCCUUCUCGGUCUCCAUGGGCAAACUUUGGACACCCGAUAUUACUCUGUUUGAGAGUGCUCAUGAGGGUGAGAAUAUGCCUGGUCGGGGUUUUUACCGGAUCACGGUGUAUUCCGACGGUUCAGCCUAUUUCAACUUUCCGACAGUUGUGGAGAUGUCGUGUUCGGUUGAUGUCACAUAUUUCCCUUACGACACACAGAAAUGUACCAUCACACUAGGGUCAUGGACUUAUAAUGGGCAGGAGGUUGAUUUAGUGGCCAGAAGAUCUACCGGAGAUUUGUCUUCCUUUGUCAAGAGCAAUGAGUGGGAGGUGAUCAGCUUCCGGAGUGAACGUCACGUGUUAUACUAUGGAUGCUGCCCAGAGCCCUUCCCGGAUGUGACGUUUUAUCUUCAGAUGAAGCGGAAGCCGAAGUUCUAUGUGCUGACAAUUAUAUUUCCAUGCACACUUGUGCUUGCUCUAGCCGCCCUGGGUUUCAUAAUUCCGGCUGACUCUGGUGAAAAAGUUUCACUUGAAGUGACCGUCUUAUUGUCGCUAUCAGUAUUUCUUCUCCUUGUUUCUGAUAAGUUACCAGCAUCCGCAGAAACGUUUCCAAUUAUUGGUGUCUACUUUUCGGUGUGUAUGAUCAUUGUGUGUCUCUCAUGCACAUUUGCGGUCUGGGUGUUAUAUUUACAUUUCCGUGGGGAAUCGACUAGCCCGGUGCCCUCAUGGGUCAGAAGAUUGUUCCUUGGAAAACUCAGAUUCAUUCUCUGUCCGACAACAAAAGUUGGUUUUGUGGACAAAAAGCCAGGAAUGGGCAAAAAUAAAGACGAUGUUAAGGUAGAAAAUAUAGAUUCCUUGUCUGUAUGUGAUGGGAGCCAGGAGACAGGAACCCACGAUGACAUGGGCGCGGAGGAGCGGUUAGAGGAAUGGCGAGCUCUGGCGCGAGUUUUGGAUCGUCUCUUUUUUAUCUUUUACAUGGUUAUUUCUCCAACAGUGACAAUUGUUUUCUUUGGUAUUUUAGUUAACCAGUGAUUUAGGCUACAUAAUUAUGGACUUGAGGAUACAUCGA